GACUUGGCCGUAGCCUUGCGCAGUCUUCGUCAGAGUCAUCGCACAGCCACCGGUCCGUAUAUAUAACUGUGUCUCAUACUUCGACGUUCGCUGUCAAUAUUCUACCAUGGAGGCCCUACGACUGCAGAAAAAGUACCCAGAAGUCUCGAGAGACGAGAUGCUUAAUCUCAUUAAUCGAUUCAACUCGAUAUCUACCGACUCACCAGGUCGUGUAGACAAGACCGCAGUUCUUCAAGCUCUGCAAAGCUCUGGUGAAAGCUAUGACCAGGCUAGAGAAACGCUCAAGCAUGUUAGCGUCGAUGCGAGCGGCAAGGUCGAGCUGGAGGACUGGGUUGAGCUUAAUGUCAAACUACACUCGCAAGCAGCGACUGGAGGUGGUAUCAAGACGGCAAAGGGAAAGAUGACCGUGCAGGGGAGCAAUGCGAAUGUCAGCCAUACCAUCAAUGAGGAUGAGCGGCGCGAAUUUACGAAUCAUAUCAACAUGGUUCUUGAGAACGAUCCUGAUAUUUCAGGCCGAUACCCCAUUCCUACCGAUACGAUGCAGCUCUUUGACGAAUGCAAGGACGGACUCGUGCUGUGCAAGCUGAUCAAUGACUCGGUUCCGGAUACCAUCGAUACGCGUGUUCUCAACAAACCGACGGCGAAGAAGCCAUUGAAUGCGUUCCAGAUGACGGAGAACAACAAUAUCGUGAUUACCAGUGCCAAGGCCAUUGGAUGCUCCGUGGUGAACAUCGGGAGUGCCGAUAUCCAGGAGGGCAGGGAGCAUCUGAUCUUGGGGUUGAUUUGGCAGGUUAUCCGGAGGGGUCUGCUUAGUGGUGUGGAUUUGAGGAUCCAUCCAGAGCUCGGGAGGCUGUGUGAAGAGGGUGAGACCAUCGAGGAUCUCUUGAGGCUCACGCCUGAUCAGAUUCUCGUGCGAUGGUUCAAUUAUCAUCUCAAGAAGGCCGGGUGGCAUAGGCGGGUUAACAACUUUAGCAGGGACGUCAACGAUGGAGAGAACUAUACUGUGCUGCUCAAUCAGCUCGUACCGGCAGAAUGCACCUUGGCUCCGCUGCAAACGUCAGAUCUUCGAACGCGCGCAGAGCAGGUCUUGUCGAACGCUGACAAGAUUGGCUGUCGAAAAUUCCUGACUCCCUCCUCGCUUAUUGCAGGCAACCCUCGUUUGAACUUGGCCUUUGUCGCUAAUCUGUUCAACACCCAUCCUGGAUUGGACCCGCUUACGGAGGUCGAGAAGACGGACUAUGGCGCCGUGGAGGACUUUGAUGCAGAGGGUGAACGCGAAGCUCGUGUCUUCACAUUAUGGUUGAAUUCGUUGGGUGUUGAGCCAGGCGUGUUCAACCUCGUCGAGGAUCUCAGGGACGGACUAGUCAUUCUUCAGGCUUUCGAUAAGAUUAGCCCUGGGGUCGUUGUUUGGAGACGGGUGUCGAAACCCAAGGAGGGAAGGGGAGCCAACCUUGGCGCGUAUGUAUCUGGUGGGGCCGUCGGCGAGGAAGAUGAAGAUGUCGGGAUGCAGUCUAAAGGUAUGGGCGUAAGCCGUUUCAAGGCUGUAGAAAACACAAACUAUGCCGUCGAUCUGGCUAGGGGUAGCGGCUUGCAUAUGGUCGGUAUCCAAGGCGCAGAUAUUGUCGAUGGGAACAAGACGUUGGUGCUUGGUUUAGUCUGGCAGCUGAUGAGACUGAGUAUCACCAAGACGCUGACGUCUUUGAGCAAGUCUAGUGGCGGCCGACCUAUUUCAGAUAGCGAGAUACUCAAAUGGGCCAAUGCUACUGCCGCCACAGCAGCGAAUCCCGUUUCUCGGACAAGAAGUAUUAGGUCUUUCAAGGAUCCUUCUAUCUCGACAGGCUUGUUUUUCCUCGACUUGCUAGACGCCAUCAGACCAGGAAUUGUCGACCCCUCGUUGGUUAUUGCAGUCGACGUGACUGGCGACUACGAAGACCGGAGACAAAAUGCAAAAUUGGCAAUAUCCAUUGCGAGGAAGAUGAACGCGUUGAUCUUCUUGGUACCUGAAGAUAUUGUUGAUAUUCGGCCGAAGCUGAUUAUGACAUUUGUGGGCAGUCUGAUGAGCAUUGCAAAUGGACAGUGAUGUGGAACUUUCUUUUGUAUGACGAUGUAAUGCAGGAUAAACUUGAAGUGUACUCAAUAUCUACUGUAAGGUCACAAUACUAGGAGCCUCUUUUUUUAAGGGAGAUUAUCUGUAACUUCCUUGGACAAAGCCAGACACCUUCCCAUUCUCCUUCAUGGGGGGUAAAAGCUGCUUUGCAGCUAAGAUAUAGACUGGCAAAUCU